AUGGGCGACAUGCCCGUUUUCUACGUCGGCCAGCAUGAGAGCAAAAGAAGCGCGCCUGUUUCUGAACAUGUGCUUCAGCAGGCCCAGGAUUGCAACUAUGAUAUGCUUACAACUCCUAUCACAACCUCGCACUUCCACUCACGAGUCUUGACGCUCCUUUCAUCCUACCAGGCCGAGAUCGAAGCAGGAACUCCUGAGUCAGACGUCCCUACGCCCUUGGUCGCCCCUCUCACGCCAGCCGACACUCCACUUUCUCCCAGUGAAACUAUCUCACAGCUGCUCGCAGUCACCAGCCCCUGGAUAGACCUGGCGUCUCCGGACCCAGUCAUUGCCAGUCUGUCUCUGCAAGUGUUCAACCAGGAGAUUGCAUACGCAGCGUUCUGCGGUGUGGGUAAUGUCAUCGUCCAAGGCCCGAGCUUGCACAGCAUCUGUUCGGGCCAAGGGUUGCCGCAGUACGCCCGUGCCAUUCAGGAGGCCUUGGAUAUGGGACCCUAUCUGAACUUGCAGAUCCUUUUGCCCAUGGCUGGCGAUCCAUCUUGGGAUGACAGCUCCGCCGUAAUGGGAGACCUAGGCCCUUUCGCUAGACCCGAGUAUCUGCAGGUAAGCGCUGAAGAGCAAAGGCAAGAGGAGAAGCCCAGUCAGCUCCAAUCUUGGGACGCCUGGAACGUCAUCAGAUCGAUUUGCAAAUACAGCUCUAGACUAUCAGUAGCCCUCUCUCUGCCUCGCCACCUCCCAGCCAUGUCACUUCAGUCCCGGUGGUGUUCCGAGCCAUUACGCCUCCUCGUGCUGCCAGGAUCAUCCUUCCUCGAAAACAAACUCGGAUACCCCGUUCUCUCCAAACCUAACCAAGCCUUCAUUGCCCGCUGUAUGCGGCUCAAGACGCCGCCCUGGCUCCUCCUCAGCGACGUCGGGCCGAUACCAGGACUCAACGACCCCGAUUCACUAAUCCCAGUCGCGGAUGGCUACCUCUCAGCCAGUGCCGCAGCAGACGCUGGAGACACUCAGUCACCAUCUCCAACGCCUGCGGAAGCUGCACGCCAGCCGCAACAGAAGCAGGCCCAAAAGACCAAGAAUGAUCCGACACCACAUCUGAGCUACAUUCGAUACUUGCAGCGCAACCAGCCUCCAAAAUCGCUGAUCGAGCGCUUUGGGUCUGGAUAUCAGGAUUACCUCCAAUCGCCGCUUCAGCCGCUGACGGAUAAUCUGGAGAGCAUCACGUAUGAAGUCUUCGAGAAGGACCCGAUUAAGUACGAAUGGUACGAGCGAGCUAUCGCACAAGCGUUGCGGGACUGGAAGGCCCAAAGCAAGACCACCUCGUCAUCGAGCGGCGCGGUCGUCGUGGCAGUCGUCGGCGCUGGUCGUGGCCCCCUCGUCACGCGGGCCCUACGCGCCAGCGAGACGACAGGCGUAGCGAUCGAGGCGUGGGCCGUCGAGAAGAACCCGAACGCGUACGUCUUGCUGCAACGGCACAACGAAGACACCUGGAAGCGGCAAGUCACUGUCGUCAAGUCUGACAUGCGCGCCUGGAAAGGGCCACAUGGGGAAGACGGCACGCAUGGCAAGGUUGAUAUCCUGGUGUCGGAACUGCUGGGUUCGUUCGCAGACAACGAGCUCAGUCCAGAAUGUCUGGACGGCGUACAACACGUCCUGAACCCUGAGCACGGUAUCUCGAUCCCAUCCUUGUACACCGCACACCUCACACCGAUCGCUGCACCGCGCCUGCACGCAGAUAUCCUCCACCGCCUACCGUCAGAUCCGCAGGCCUUCGACCUGCCUUACGUGGUCAUGCUGCACGCCAUCGACUUCCUCUCAACCAAGGCCACGCCGCCAGCACCCCCACAGGAUCCGUCUCAGCAAAGCAAAAAGUCGCGGAAAAGCAUGUCUUCUCCGCAGGACCAAGAACAGCCAGAGUCAGACAUCCAGCAAGCCUGGCAGUUCUCCCAUCCGCUACCCGCCAAGAUCCUCGCGCAAUCGCACCUCCGCCGCGGCGGCAGUGCAGCGGGAGGCGGCGGGGGAGCCACAGGCGGCGACGGCGCGAACGAGCACAACGCGCGCUUCUCGCGGACGCGGUUCCAGUGCCCGAGCCGCGGCGUGUGUCACGGGCUCGCGGGCUACUUCGAGACCGUGCUGUAUGCGGGCGGCGCAGACGGGGAAGUGGAACUGAGCACGAAUCCGGCGACGAUGGAGGCCAAGAGCAAGGACAUGAUUAGCUGGUUUCCGAUUUUCUUUCCGCUGAAGACUCCGAUAUACCUCCCCGACGGCGCGGACGUGGAGGUCAGCAUGUGGCGCCAGACGGACGAUAGGAAGGUGUGGUAUGAGUGGCUGGUUGAGGCGUUCGUGGAGCUGGGUGGACGGAGGGUCAGGCUGGGAAUUAGCGAGAUGCAUUCCAGUAAGAAGAAUGGGUGCCUCAUGUGA